CUCUGGGUCUGGAUGGGUCGAAAAGCGACGAACUACAAGCUUCACCAUGGCAUAUCCAUCUCUACAAUCUACGACUCUUAUAACUCGUCGACGUCGCGAGUAGUUGAAUUGUAAUUGUGCAUGCAUUGUGUACAAUCUUCGAAAUCACGACCUUCAAAUUCAAGCUUGCUCAAGAUCUCGCCGAAGAGGAGGACGUGUUGUCAAAUGAACGUGUAAUUUAAUGAUCUUCUGCUUUUCUGAAAGACUUUGCCACCGCCUGUACAGAUGCUAGGGAGUUACCAUGAAGUGUGUUCAAGUAUGAAAUCUAAGAGAUUCUAUGUUGUCAUAAGCAUAACUGCUUUUGUAGGCAUCGCUCUGUGGACACUCUAUCAGCAAGUCAGCUCUCAUCCAGUUGACACAUGGAAUCACUACAGCGGUAAACGUCAUAGGAAAAUAACCAGUUUCUCGCCGCUGAGUGAGGUAUCUGGAGGGUCAUGGCCAGUGGAAAAGCACCGCUUCCUCCCAAACUUCUUUUUACUAUGGGACAAGGAGAAGUCUCCCACGCUCUCAUCAUACAGCGAAGGUAACAUAAUAUUCCUGCAUCAUAACAAGGCUGGGGGUAUCAGCAUCAGGAAAUGUAUGCAAGCAGUUGGACCAGAGAGUGGAUUGAACGUAUCCAGGAAUGUAUUCAGCUAUCGCUACACAGCACGAGAAUUUGACUAUUGGAAGCAUGCAGCAAGGACUAAGCAGCGCAUGGGCUUGUAUGGUGGGUAUUCUUUUGGAGUCUGUGACGUUAUCACGGAUGGCCGACCAUGUUCGUAUUUCACGAUGAUUCGGGAUCCGUACGACCGUGCAGUGUCCGCGUACCUUUAUUGCUCCAAGAACGCGAGCAAGGACCAGUUGUGUACUGCCCUCAGAGCAAGCGAGGUGAGCGUUGUAGACUGGGCUAUCCAUCAUGGGAGUUUCUUCUUCCGGCAGCUUGUGUUCAACCCUGCGGUCUGCAACGGUUCCUACGACAACUCACCGUAUCUCGGCAACUUUGAUGACUUCCCACACAAGUUUGCUAGCGACGUGAUACCAUGUUGGUUCAAACAUAAAGUCUUGCUACAACGCAUGUUGAGUGAGAAGGAGCGAUUAGAUCUCCUAAAACAUGUCCAUGACAACCUAGAGAACUACUUCGCUGUCAUAGGCCUCCUAGAUAACUUUGAUCUCACCAUGGGGAUGCUUCAGCAUGUCUAUCAUGUACCUUUCAGAGACAGGUGUGCAGAUACCCACAAAAACCAGGGAAGAUUUCGGAAAAGGCGCCAAAAGAUUGAAGCCGAUCUUCUGGUUGCAAAGCUUAAGCGGGAACUGUUGGCAGACCCUCGUGUUAAUGCAUCGUUGCAUGCCGACCUUGUCUUGUAUGAGAAAGCAAAACAAAUAUUCAAUAGACAAAAGGAAGUCUUUAAAUACCUCACAAAAACAACCUCAUGAUUUCUUUCUUUAUCUGUCCCUUUUUCUUGGACAAAAUAAACCUUUACUAACCUAAUUAUUGUACUUUUGUUUAUUGCAUUCAUUUGAAAUUAUGAUAGAUGAGUAAAUUAUUUCAUCAAUUUCUGUACGUCCCCAACAGACUCUCAUCUAUAGGGGAUGAGCCAUACUUAGUUGCUGGGUAGAUAAGAUAUUCCUAUUUGCAUUCAUUUGCAUAAUUUUAAAAAUUUAUUAAAAUGUGAUUUAAAUAAACAAAAUAUUUAAAUGAUUUGUUUAUGAUGCAAUCAUUAAGACUGGAGAUUAGAGACAAAUUUAUGCUAUAAUGUAUAUUCUCAUUAUUCUAAUUGUUCUUGUUGCUUCAAAUUCCUCUUCCUUUCCUUAUUUUCCUUUUAUUUUUACCAUCCAAAGAGUGGGGUAGGGGGUGAGGGGGGUAUGGUGUUUGUCUUCUCAUUGUAUUAAUGAAGAAGCUGUGCCAUCGUGUUUCUCAUAUUGAGAAGAAACAGAGACAUAGUUUAGAAUCACAUGAUUCAUCAAAUUCCUUUUGUGUCCGAUAACGAGUACCAAAUUAAUCACGUGUAUAUAAUUGUGAGGAGGAUUGUUGUCGUGUUGUUCAUGCUGUAUGCUUAAUGCAUGCAAGUGAUGAUGAAUAUAAUAUGGAUAGUAUUGUUGUCGUAAUAAAAAUGGUUGUAAUAUUGAUGUACUUUGUACUAGACUAGUGUACAUGUAUGUGCAUGUUCUUUUAAAUGUCAUGAGCAGUUUUUAUGAAGUUGUAAGUACUAGAUAUUGGGAAUCCUAACAUAAAACACCCAAGAUUACUAUGACAUGUAAAUUGUAAGGCAAACUCAUGCAACUGAAUUCUACUCUCAAGAUAAUGACAAUUUGACCAAGAAUAUUUUGACCCACCCCCCUUGAGAUCGUGUGCAUUUGCGGAGGAUUUAGCUUGUAUUAUGCAUACUUCCUCCUACAUUAAAUUUAUGGUGUCUUGAUGAAGACUAUUAAGGAAGUGAAAUUCUCGAUUGAAUAAUAGAUGAUAUAAUCGAUCAAGUGAUUUUCGAAAAAUAAGAUGUUGCAAUAGAUCUUCAUCCUUAUUUUUUGUUCAAUCUAUUAAGCAGUUUGAAUGAUCUGUGUAUUAGAAUGCCAUUAUCGUUCCUCAAAAUAUGCCCCUUUUAUUCCUUUUUAUUUAUUUAUUUAUUCAUUUAUUUUAUUUAUUAAUCGCAUUUUUUUUUCAGGGGGAGAAAUCUUCAUUGGUAUUAGAAUAUCAGUAUUGCUGCCCAAAAUAUGUUACCUUUCUUUGUAGAUUUGAAGCAUUUGCAGACUAUUGACACUUCUUUUAAAAUAUUGAAUUUAUGUGCAGUACUAUUAUUGCUCAUCGUUUGUAGUUUUGUACUAUUUUUUAAUAGUUUUGCUGCCAGUUGCUGUAAAUAAUGAAUACCCUAUGUACACUUUUGACUGUUUACAUGAAGGUUCUGGACUACAAUUUUAUUAUUUUAUUUUUAUUAUUUUAUCACCAUGUCAUAUGAUAGUUUAUAUUUGCCAGUAUUUUUCCUGUAUUCAGUUUCCAUUAUGUCUUGGUUUAUAUGUCAGGGAAAUGAAUUUUGCAACUCAUAUAACAAUACAUCUCCAUUUGCAGUAAUUUGCUGGUAUGAAAUUCUGGCUGGCUCAUGAUAGCCGACUAUACUUUGAAGGAAACUUGAAUUUGUCCUUCGACAACACUCAAAUUUCAUCUUCAGUUAUGGAAGGAUACCCACAAACACAAAACAACGAACAGCAACACUUAAAACUAUUAAUUGCAUUUUCUUCUCUUUAUGCUAGUUAGAAAUAAGGCAUUGGCAAUGGUAAUGUGUUUUUUCAUCAAGAUUAAUUUAAAAAAAAAGCAAAUAAUAUAGGAUGGAUCUGGUGUACUUUUGCAUUUGGGGUCAAAACCGAUGAGAAAUGAAACAUUUGCAUAUUGUUGGAAUUUCAUCUCACGCUUAAAUUGCAGGGGUCAAUUUCAGUAGCAUAUGUCAAAAGGGACCAUUAUAUGAAUUGGGCUGAUUUCAUAAAUGAACUAGAAUUCAUCAGAAAUCAGCAGAAUAUCAGAUGAUUUUGCUGAUAUAUUUUCAUUGUCAAAGAAUAUAAUUUUGACUGUAUAAUUUUCUUUUUUUCCCUUCAAAUCAAUACUUUUCAGUGCCAGUAUUUGAAUGGAAGUCCUCCCUGAAUUUAAAGGACAAGUCCACCCCAACAAAAAAUUGAUUUGAAUAAAAAGAGAAAAAUCCAACAAGUAUAACACUGAAAAUUUCAUCAAAAUCGGAUGUAAAAUAAGAAAGUUAUGACAUUUUAAAGUUUCGCUUAAUUUCACAAAACAGUUAUAUGCACAUCCUGGUUGAUAUGCAAAUGAGGAGACUGAUGACGUCACCCACUCACUAUUUCUUUUGUAUUUUAUUAUAUGAAAUAUGAAAUAUUCUAAUUUUCUCCUCAUUGCCAAGGGAUACAACGAUUAAUUUCUCCCUGAACAUGUGGAAUUAGCAUUGUUUAAUACUAUAAUAUAUGGUUCAGUCAAGUUGGUCCUUAUUGUCAAAUCUAUAAAAAAUUAAAUAUUGUAUAAUUCAAACAAUAAAAAACAAAAGAAAUAGUGAGUGAUGGACAUCAUCGACUGACUCACCUAUAGUUGUGCAUACAGUAUCACUGUUUUGUGAAAAAUAAGCGAAACUUAAAAAUGUCAAAACUUUCUUAUUUUACAUCCGAUUUUGAUGAAAUUUUCAGCACUGCGCUAGUUUGAUUUUUCUCUAUUUAUUCAAGUCAGCCUUUUCCUGGGGUGGACUUGACCUUUAAGUUGGUUUUAAUUUAAUAAAAUCAUCAAAAAUGAGAAAGUACAUGAAUGAAAGUCUGGCUAAACUCUAUUCAAGAAUAAUAGUCAUUACAUUAAAAAAAAAAUAACUCUUUAUUUUUUUUGGAUAGAGUUUCAUUGAACCUUGGUUGAUGGAUUUUUCAUAUUUUCUGUGCUUCUUAAAGCUAAAUAAAUAUGAAGGUUUUUUUCCUUUAUAUUAAGUUCACCAUCAUCUAUAGUGUUAUUGUGCUAUAUUUUCCUAGUGUUAAUACUUAUGAUGUUACAUACAAUCAGUGCAUGUGUCAAAACCAAGUAUUAUUAUGAAUAUAUUCAAAUUAGACAGAAUGUCUUCAGUAUUGUGAUUGAAAUCUCCGGUAUAUUAAAGAAAUAGCUGUUUGUACAUCUUGACUGAGGAUGUAUUUCAAAUAUUCAAUUUGUUGUCAUAUUCCUCAAAUUUAUGGACAUUUUGUUGUCAUAUUCCUCAAAUUUAUGGACAUUUGUUCUGAAGAUGAAAGUAAUUUGCAUUUUAUUGAUGAAAUUAUUAUAUAUUUUGGAGGGUAUGUAUUAAAGGAAGUGAAUUGUCAGAGGUUUGUACUGGUAAAUGUAGUAUGCUACUGAAAUUAUUGCAUCUGAUUGGCUUAAAGCAAAUUUAUUAUUGAAAAAUCCCUGACAUGCUUCAUGAAACCCUCUGCCAGAAGGUUAAAAAACGGCAUGUACUAAAAAGAAAGAGAAAACAAAUCUAACACUGAUAUAUACACUUAUCUGCAGCCAUUUGAGAAAUUGUCUUAUUAAGUCUCUCGGGUAAUAAAUUCUCUUUUUAUCUUUUUAACACUUCAUGAGCACUUGAUGAAUAUAUCAUAUUUAUAAGCAUGUAUGCUUUCAUAUUAGAUUAGUAAAAGAGUCAUAUUGAAAGUGUCAAGUGUUCAUGAAAAUUUUUGAAAAUGAUUUUAAAAGGAUAUUUCUCUCUCAUAGAUGAUAAAAAGUAUCCGUAAUCAACAUGUGGAAAAAACUGUGUUUAGAAUGUCUACGUUAGCAGACUGAUAUGUCUGCUGAAAUGGAAUUUGAGGGUUUGUAUCAUAACCUUCCAUUCAUGCUAUCAAGUAUAUGAGUAUUUCAGCUAUGCUAAUAAUAAUUCAUGACUCAUUUAUAAUUCAAAAGUCAAUUCAAUUAGAAAUUAUGUUGUUGACAGGUGUGUCUACAGUCUGGAGUUUUUAUGAUUGAGUGAUAAGCGUAGGGAAAAUGAUGAGUGUGCUCUACAAAUAUAAAUGUAUUUGUAAGCUGCAUUUUGCUUUGUAUUUAUGAAUUCAAAUAGCUCACCUAAUUGGCCUACCUUACAGAACUAACAUUGUUUUUACAUUUAAUAUGAGCAAUAUGGGAAGAGAGUUCUGGACUCUGUUAUUGUCUGUUGCAAUGUUUGUUGUUUGGUCAGCGGGUGUGUAUUUGCCUACAAACUGACUCGGCGAACCCCGAUCGAGACCGCAAGAUGUUGACAUCAGAGGUUGGCCUGUAUACUUUGAUGAAUAGUUUUGAUUACAGUAUGUAAUUCUUCAAUUACGAGUAAACAUACCAAAGAUAAGGAAUGAUCAAGUCUGCCCCAUCCCCCAGACUUUAACUCUUGGCCCCACCCCCCCCCCCUUCUGAGAUAAUUCCUAUAGGGCCUGUAAAAGUAAAUGAAAUAAGAUGGUUAGGUGUCGACAAACAGUCAAGACAGACAGACAAACAUUUGAAAUGGAUCAGAAGGUUGAUCUAUACCUCCCCAAUCAGGAAAUAUACCUGUUAGUUUGCCAGUGCGAAUGCCUCGUAUUUCAAUAUCCCCACGAGAAAAUACCCUCAAAUGAAAAGGCACUUUUCCAAAUUAAGAGAACCUUUGCAGGGAUAUCUCAAAUGUUGCAUACAUAUUUGCUGUGCGAGGCAAGAUAUUGUGCCUACUUCUCGAAAUGAAUCAACUCCAAGAGACUGCUUACUCCUAAAACUGAGAGAAAUUUAUUUUCUUACGCAGGUGUGCAUGUGCACAAUGACAUGGGCAUUUUUAGGCAUAGACAAUGUCUUGCAACUUACAGGUACUUUUCUUACUGGGGCAGGUGUGAGUACACCCAGUGUAAGGUAGCCUUUUUUUAUUUGUAAGGUUGAGCAGUGUCAUGGAUAUUCCCUCUCUUUCCUCCAUUUAUAUAUUCCCAUGUAUGCUGUGUAAAUACUCCACAGUGUGAAACAUGAAUACAACCCAAACAAACCAAGGCUCAAGUUGACACAAGACUUUGGCCGUGAAUUUCCAAGUCUUUAAAAAAAAUGCAAACCCCUCUGCGAGCCCCUCUCGCAAAGUUGAAAAGACCAGGGGAUUUAUUGAAAUAAUGUCUGUUUUGGCUCAAUUUUGUAUUCUUGAAGUGGAGAUAAUCUUGUAUUUAUUAUCAAUCUGUAGUGGUAAUACUUUUACUCCUGAUCCAGUAAUAUUUGUAAAUGUGAUUAUCAGGUAGAAGUUUUUUAACACCAGAAGAUGUAUU